AUGCGAAUUAAGCCGGGAGUAAAUGGCAACGAAGACACGGCAGUGGCAAGCAGCAUCGGUGGCACAAUCUAUAGGGAUGAAGUCGCAAUGGCAAGCGCCGAUACGACCCGUCUUCAUAUCUCUCCAUUGACGCCAGAGCUCCUCCAAUCCAUCCUUCGUCUCGCCGCGGUUGAAGCUGCGACAGAUAUUUCCUACCACUCCGUCCAGACCUUUCCCGAGAACGACUACGGAUUUGUUAACCUACCUAAAAUGGACGCAGAGAAGGUUGUGAAGAAACUGAACGGGACCAUUUUGAAAGGGAAAAAACUAAAGAUCCACGAAGCCCGUCCGGUCAAACGCCCUGCGCCAGACGCUGACGGCCACCCCGAUACUGCCUCCACUUUACCCCGGUCCAAACCAGACAAAGCCUCGAAAGAGCAGAAAACUACAGAUAAUAUUGUCGAUGGGCACGAAUUGCCCCAAGGUAGACAUGUAAAGCGUGGUUGGACAGAGCCCGCAGGUCAAAACAAGCGCAGUCGCAAGUCAGACAAGAAGGAGGAAAAGCGCAAGUCUCAGUCCUCAAAGUAUACAGAAAAACCCGAGUGUCUAUUCCGGACGACUGUGCCUCCCAAUCGGUCUGACGUCGUAAAAAAGAAGAAGAAAUCAUCGGAGAAGAAGAAAAAGAAGGACAAGAUAAAUGGGGACGUGGUUGUGCAUGAGUUUGAGAACUUGACCACAAUCCCGAGCUUCCUUAGGACUGGCGAAAACCCCCCAGAAGAAAGCCUCACCAGUGAAUAUGUGGAUGGUAAAGGCUGGAUAGACCGCGCAGGCAACGUUAAGGAGAAACGGGUUAUGAAGGACAGACCUAAAGCGAAACUAUUACCGCUAGAGUCGAAAGGGGUUGGGGAAGGCAAGAAGGGAAUGAUGGAAAAGGUUGUCCCACAGCGACCAGCUCAUGCCGAGGUGGACAGUGACGAGACUUCGUCUAGUAGUUCUUCCAGCGAAAGCUCCUCUGAAGAAGAAGACAGCGAUUCCGAAGAAGGCGAAGAAGCAGAUUCUGGCCUCUCGUCCACCUCUUCAUCCAGUGGAAACAACUCAGCCUCAUCAUCUCCAUCGUCUGAAAGUGGCGAAGAAGAAGAAGACGAAGAAGGGAAGGAGGAGGAGGACGAAAAGGUGCAGAGCAUGAACAAGGAGCAUGUCAAACAAACCAACAACACCAUAAACACGACCACCCACCCAUCUAUCCUCCUAACUCCCAGCAAAGACUCACCAAAUCCACCCGCCACGAGGAAAGAAAAAACCCCAGGCCAAGACUCCAACCCCAUCCAAUCACCAGCAGUUGCCACAGAAGUCCACCCUCUCGAGGCCCUUUUCAAGCGACCCGCCAAACGACGUGGUUGCAGCAGUUCGAAACCGCCUUUAGAGAUCAACACGCAAUUCAGUUUCUUCGACGGUGGUGACGACGAUGACAUCGAAGAAGAACAAGAUGACCACGCUAUGACGACCGCAGAGCAUAACCGCUCUUACCACUACCUCAAUAUAGGAGAGCCGCAAACCCCUUUUACGAAACAGGACCUUAUGUCACGAACUGUGCGCAGCGCGGCACCCACUCCAGACACUGCCGCUCCGAGCAGGAGUAGAUUUUGGGACGAUGAUGAUGUUGAUGAAACUGAAGCUACUUUGGCUACGCCCUCGAAAAAUCUGACAGCGGCUGGUGAGAAAAAGGAUGAAGAGAAGAAUGAGAGUGACUUUGCGAAGUGGUUUUGGGAGAAUCGGGGCGAUAACAAUCGGGCAUGGAAGAGGAGGCGGCGGGAGGCGGCGAAGGAGAAAAGGCAGAGGGAGAAUAGGCAGAAGGGAAUUCGGGGGAAAUAG